GGAGAAGGGGGGGGGCUGUAAACAAACCGCGCAGCGCGCUAUGGAGCGGGCCGGGGCCUGUUCCUGGGCGGGGCGAGUAGCUGUGUCGGGUGCCCUGGCGCCGCUGUGACCGGCCAGCCCGGGGGGACUUUGCUGGCGCGGGCCUCGGCUGUUCGUGCGGCGUUUGCCUGGGUCGCGGGCGGGCGGCUGUUCCGGGGCCAGGCCUGGCGGCUCCCAUGGAUGACAGCAAGGUGCUCGGAGGCAAAGUAAAGAAACCAGGCAAACGAGGUCGUAAACCAGCCAAAAUAGAUUUGAAGGCAAAACUUGAGAGAAGUCGUCAGAGUGCAAGAGAAUGCAGAGCGAGAAAGAAGCUGAGAUACCAGUAUCUGGAAGAGCUGGUAUCAAGCAGAGAGAGAGCAAUCUGUGCACUUAGAGAAGAGCUGGAAAUGUACAAGCAGUGGUGCAUGGCAAUGGACCAAGGGAAAAUCCCCUCUGAAAUAAAAGCCUUGCUAACUGGAGAGGAGCAAAGCAAAGCACAGCAGAACUCAACCAAACUUGCCAAGGCUGGGAAGACAGAAACACACAGUAACAAUCCCUGGUGAAAGUUGUUCAGCUGAUAUGGAAGUCAGCGGUGAAUCCAAUCCUGCUUGGCAUCCCGUGAAAGAAUGGAGAAAAUUUUGCUUCAGAGUUCUGUUUGCUGUCUGUUCUGUGUGAUCUUUUCAAUUGUUACACCACAAAAAUCAGUGUUAAUAUCACCAUAAAGAGGUUGACACUAGCCCACAAAUGUAUAGAAAUUCAGAGGUAAGGCUGAAAUUCGAUUUUAACCAAUGCCUGCUUAAGUAUUGUAGCAUAUGUGACAUGUAAGAUCACCUGAUAUCGAUACCCCUUCUGUAGGGAGGGGGAAGAGAAAAUUUCAGCCUUAACACUAAAUUUCCGUCUUGUUAAUACUAUGUAAUGUUCUCUUGGUUUUGGCUUUUUGUAUAAUUUAAUUUGUUUAUUACUUUUUAUGGUGGUUACUUGGGGGGGGGGGGGCUAUUAAUCUGCAGGAAGAUAUGAGGUCUCAUGCUCCUGAUUUUGCAUCAGCAGACCAAGAUCAAGUUGAAUUUGUGUUUGUGGUAUGCAUAUGUGGCAUACAUUGUAACGUCUCCCUUUAACCAUUCUUGCAGAAGUUGUUAAUAUGUAUUAGUGAUACUGUCAUUUGCAUUGCUGUUCUCUGUCUUGUCUCCUUUAAAUUGUGACUAGAAAAUAUUAAGAGCCUUAUUUCUUUA